CCAGUUCUCCCAGGUCCUCGCCGCAUCGUAACUUCGCAUGAUAGCGACGGACAAGCCGUGGUUUCAGUUGAUGGAACAGUUCAUUCAUCGGUGAUGAUAGAAGGCUUGAAUGGCCAUCGUACGGGCACAUUUUGGGCUUCUACCGAUGGUCUGCCAACGAAUGACAACAAUUGUUCGGAGGACGGCGGAGCCCGUCAAGUGGGUGACCUCGGAUUAUUUGCAAGUAAUGCGACCAACUUCAUAUGCAGUGAUCUUGGUCCGGGAGUUCGGACUCCGAUGCAUCGGACUCCCUCUAUCGACUAUAACAUCCUGAGU